GAUUUAUCUCAGUGUAUAAUGUACCUUAAAACGUUUCGUAGAACCUACCGAAUCGUUAAAAAUCCAACCGGAAAGAACGGAAAUCACUAUUUACAUCAUAAAACGUUCAUUAGCUUCAGCGUUCGUUAGAAAACAAUAUAGACUCUGUUUAAACACGAUAUUUUAAAUGGUUAAAUUCCACGUAACAUCGAGAUAUAGCAAAGCUGGGAUGUUUAUACCCGUUUAAACCGCGCGGCGUGGCUCAUUUGUGAGAAUCGCCGCGCGGAUUUAAACAUUUAGCGCGUUUAUCUUAACCGGGAACGCGCAUGCGCACUUACUGCAGCGGACAGAUGCGGAUAUAAGGAUUGGCGCCGGCGCCACAGCUGAUGCAUUCAUUCAUUCUUCGCAGUGGAGAGGAGGAUUAAAGAAAAUCAGCACCAUGUCAAGACGCAGUGGUCGCAUCACACUUCAAGCCAGAGAUUCAAACACGCCUGAAACCGACAGACCCCUGCUGAAGAAAAGGAAGUCAGAGCCUUCAAAGAAGAAGCUCCAGCCUGCCUCCAAGAAGCAGAACUAUGAAAUACAGACCUGUUGGUCAGAGGAUGGUGCAAGUCCCUGCAUCCUCAUUGAAACUCCACACAAAGAGCUGGAGCCCACAGACCAAUCCAGAUUCAAACAGUACCGAUUCAAGAACCUCUUCAUCAAGAACUCCCCCAUCCCUCGCCUCAGCUGGGCUAACUCAGAGGAUGUGUGGAUAAAAAUGAUCAACAAGGAGCUGACCUACAUUCACGAUAAGAGCUACCUGCAGCGGCAUCCAAAGCUGCAACCCAAGAUGAGGUCCAUCCUGCUGGACUGGCUGCUGGAGGUGAGUGAGGUUUACAGCCUCCACAGGCAGACCGCUUACUUGGCUCAGGACUACUUUGACCGCUACAUGCUGACUCAAGAGGAUGUCAGCAAAGAUAUCCUGCAGCUCAUCGGCAUCACCGCGCUCUUCAUCGCCUCAAAGAUAGAGGAGAUCUAUCCUCCCAAAAUCCUCGAGUUUGCCUUCGUCACAGAUGGAGCCUGCAGCGUGUGGGACAUCCAACAAACAGAACUUCUUAUACUUAAGGCUUUGGACUGGAACUUGUUUCCAGAGACGCCCAUCUCGUGGUUGAAGCUGUACGCCCAGGUGGAGGCCCAGAAAGAUGAGAACUUCCUGGAGCCACAGUUCAGUCAAGACAAGUACAUCCAGAUCACACAGUUAUUGGACUUGUGUAUGAUGGACAUCGACUCGCUGGACUACAGCUACAGCGUUCUCGCUGCUGCCGCUUUCUGCCACUUCUCAUCUUUUGAUGUUGUUCAUAGAGUCUCAGGCCUGACGUGGGAGAGCGUCUCCCCCUGCUAUCGAUGGAUGGCCCCCUUCAUGGACACGCUUCAAUCUGAGCCCACAGCCCAGCUCAAAAAUUUCCCUAAGGUCAAAGCCGACGACAAACACAACAUCCAGACGCACGUGGCUUAUCUGGACCUACUGAGAAAAGCUCAGGAGCGUCAGAUCGACAGCCACGACUUUCAGAUGUCGCCUGUUGCUACGGCAGCCACCUUGACUCCUCCCAGCAGUACAGAGAAACCCACCAGUGUCUGAGGAGCGAGUAACCAUAAAGUCCAGCUACCUCUCUGCUGUCCAACGGGGCGCCAUCGCUGACUUCCUGGGAUGCAUCGCUGUGGAUGGCGCUUUUUUGUUUUCAUUUUUUUGCUUCCUUUUUGUUUUUUGUUUUGUUUUUUCCUCAUGAACACUAAGUUCAGGUUUCUGGGACCAAAGAAGGUUGCCAGACUAUGAAUCUUUUGCAGAAAUUGCAGUUUACAGUCAGAUUGGCCAAUUUUAUUCAAAAUGUUCUUAUUUUAAUUGAGUGUUGAUUUAGGUUUUUACCACCAUCAGUUUUACUUGUUUCUGGAGGAAGAGGUGAAGGCGGUAAAUGUGGCUUUUAAGUAUAAAUAUGAAUUUCUGCUGGUUGAUCAUAUUGUCUCAGAACUUCACUGGUCAUCUGCCAACAUUGAUUCUUCGGUGCUUCAAUCAUUCCUCAGGAAAUGACAAAUUCCUGUGGUUUAUGCCGCGGACUCCCAUUCCACUGUGGAGUUUUCAGGUGCUCUGAGUCCAAGCCGACGUGACCAUCGAUAACUGCCUCGUGGAAUAACUCUCAAUUGUUGCCUCAGCGCACCGACCGGCUGAAGUUAAAUGAACCACAGAGGGUUUUUGUAGCCACACGAGGUAAAGGAAUGGUUCCUGUGUGUUUUCUUUUGAAAUGCAUGUGACGUGCCUGUGCUUAAAUUGUCUUUCACUCAUGUUUUUAUUUUUUUUUGGUAACUUGCAACUUGGUUGCACCUUCUUGUUACAUUCCUGGGGAAACUUGACAAUUGUACAAAGUUUCAUUUUAAGUGCUCGUAUUUAUUGAGAAUCCAUAGCAUAUAAAAAUAAAAUGUUCAUAUGUAGAAUUUUUCAGAAAUGGAACUCAAUCUGAUUGUUGCCAAAGGCAAAAGCUAUUUAUGAUUCUGCCCUUUACCACCUUUGUGAAUGACAGUUCUGUCCUUCUGUGUGUGCGUCAACCAACUCUGAUUUUGUGCCUUUUUUGGGAGACAACUGCUUAGUUUGUUCUGAAGCGAGCCGAACGGACGAGCGAACGAACGCCAUCAAAUCCUGUGACUGUGCGAUUUUUGCAGCCAUCGAGUAACCAUGUGAACUGUGUGUCGAUGCUCAAGAAUGUAUCAUUUUUGUAAAUAGAGCAAUUCAGAAAUGUGUAAUUUCAUUUUUAUAUUCAAAUGUUUUAAAUAAACGGAGGGAGAUUAAGCGGG